GUUCCUGUGUAAGUGGCAUGGAUGUAACUGUAGCUACUCUCACGUCAGUGCAAUGGGCAUCUGAGGAUUACUCUGCAGUCAAAGUUGUUUCUUCUUCCUGCAAUCUCUGUGGAAGGUGUUUUACCGUGAAACGUAAAGUGAAACCAAGUGGGAGAAACAAGAGUGGACUUGUAAGACCUGUUUCUCAAGUACAAUUAUCAAAAAAAUCUAUAUUUAAUAACCUAUUAGAUGUUGACCUCUUAGAAAAAGUGAUAAAAAAGAUCAACAAAAAUGUUGGAAAAUUCCAUAGGAAUGGAAGAGAAGCUUGGAGCCUGGUGAAGGUGGAGCAGGCCAACUUACUGGAAUGGGUGGGAGACUUAUUGAGGAGCGGCUUAUUCGGAUUUGGUAAAAAACAGACAAAAGAAUCAAUGGGUCUUUCAGCGAACAGAUAUCUCAAUCUUUUCCCAAAUGGCCAACUUCAGGAUUUGUCCAGUUUAUUUUGUACAGUCGGAAACAAAAAUCUAACUACCUUGUUCCAAGAAGUAAAUCAGUGGCAAGAAGGACUUGCAUUAAACUUUAGGACAACGUAUGAGCCCACGGAAAUUCUCUGCCUUACAAAGUACAGAGUAGACAUCAGUAAUGUACAGCAUCCCAGUGACUUACGAGCUGUUUUACUGGUAGACAAGGACACUGGUUACAUUUGUAAUUUUUUUAUAUACUCCAUUUCUCAAGUUCUCAGUAAAGCAAAAUGUAUCCCACUCCUAUACAUUAUACGUAAGCUCCUUCUACCAUUCAGUAACAAAAACUACACCCUGCAGAUAGACCAUUCUGCUCAUAUAAAUGAAGCCAUCAAAGAAGAGUUGAGCAAAAUCGGUAUAAAAUUAGAGCUUGUUUCUCAGUUUGGUGGAAAAUCUGGAUCAGCGUUGAGCAGAAAGAAUCAAGGCCAUACAAAACCAUUGUUAGAUUCCAUCAAUGUGCCCGGGAAUGUUUCUGACUUGGAUGGAUAUGCCAUAUUCCCACUGAAUGCAAGAAAGUACAAUUCAGUCUUGUGUUUGGCAGUCUUUUGGCUUCUGGUUCACUUUUCCUGCAUAAAUGUUUCUGUUCUUUAUUUCCUGGAUAAUGCAGAUUUAGAAGAAUUAUCUCCAGGGGAAUUUGCACAACUUCUCUCUGAAGAGAUACAUGGGAAAUGUUCAGAUUUGGGUUUUGCUAAAGGGAAUGGUGCUGCCUAUUCUGAUGGGGAUCAGGAAACAGACUCGGACAGUGAGACAGAAUGUGAAGUUGGACCAUCUGCCACCUCCUGCAGCAUUCUGCGAAAUGAACAACUCAAGAGAAUGAAAGGAGUGACGGGCCUGCGAAAUCUGGGCAACACUUGUUAUAUGAAUGCCGUUAUACAGUGUCUUAGUUGCACCACACCAUUGGCUGAAUACUUACUCUCAUGGCUGUUUGAAACUGAUGUUGCUGGGGAUAAUAAAGAAGUUGUGAAUGCCUUUGCCAACAUUAUGGCAGACUUGUGGUUUGGAGAAGCCCAGUAUGUGUCAUCAGAAGACUUUUGGUUUGCCAUCUGUAACGUUCAUCCAUCUUUUGGGAAGAAGAGUCAACAGGAUGCCCAGGAGUUACUGAUUUACACUCUCAAUGCAUUACACGAGGACCUAACAAACAAUUUUAGCAGAAGACAUUCUACGCCCAAUAGAAGCCGCAGCUAUAUAGGAUAUAAUGUAUCGGAUUCAGUGAUUACUCGCUUGUUUCAGGGAGUUCUCAGACAGAAAACAGUCUGUUUGGAAUGUGGACACACUAGUCACAAGGAUGAUAUUUUUACUGUUCUGUCUCUUCCUAUACCACCAGGAAAUGAAACCUCCUUACAGCAAUGUCUUGAGUGCUUCUUUCAGCAAGUCAUGCUAACCUUGACAGACAAAAUAUUCUGCCCUUAUUGCAAAAUGAAACAAGAUACUUCAGUCAAAGUACGGAUUUGCAAACUUCCGAAGAUCCUAAUAUUACAUUUAAAAAGGUUUGAGUAUCAAGGUCGUGUGAAAAGAAAAUUGAAAACAAAUGUCACAUUUCCUCUGACCCAUUUAGACCUGUCUCCAUUUGUCUCAGCAGUUAAAGUAAAACACUCCAUGUACAGCUUAUAUGCUGUAGUGAAUCAUUCCGGAGAGUUAGAUUUUGGCCAUUACACUGCGUACUGCAAACAUCCUGGGACCAAAGAGUGGAAUGCCUUUGAUGACAUGAAGCAUUUCAGCAUUGCAGAAUCCACAGUGCAAACCCCUUUGGCUUACAUGCUGUUUUAUACUAGCCAGACGUUCAACUCGCCAAAAAAGACAUCAUCUUGCCCUGUAUAAAGAUAAUGAAUACGGAGGCCUCCUAAUGUUUUUCUGUCUGACUUUAGCCACCAUGACUCAUAUUAAAUAAGUAAGCACCAAGA